UAAGAUGACGGACAUCGGCUUCCUCCCGUCCCCUAUUCUUCCCACAUCAGGCAAUCACCUUCCCAUGGUGUUAAAAGAAUUUCAUUUCCUUUGGUCUUCCUCGGUCUAUCUCAUUAUUCCCUUCGUUUUGUUUUGCGCGUGAGCCUGAGCAGGUACUUCUUCUCGACAUUAAACUGUUCAUUUGUUUUUUAUGGAUACUCCGUCCUAUUUCUGCGCUUUGGUUUGUUUAUUCUACACCAAUGAAUAGCCAUGGCAUAAGAAAAAAAUAUUGAUUUUGAUUUUGGGAAAACUUGUCAUUCUGUCUUUAUCAUAAUGGACACAUGAUCAGAAAUACUGUUUAUUAUGACGUGAAAUCUAAAAGUGGAUCUGAAAUAAUAGAAGAAAUACAAAGAGAUGAUUCUUCUCUCUUGUGAUCGUGAUAUUUCUUCGGAGUACUUCUCUGUAGUAAAAAUCCUAACAAGGAGGAUGUUGAAAACAAGUCAUUCUUGAGUUGUCCGAGUUCUCGGUGUUGGUCUAUGAUUUUUGCAGCAGCAAUCUGGAGGAAGUGCUUCACCACGGACGAGGGCGAGGAUGGAGGAGCAACGUCAAGACGGACAAGUAAUGGGGGAAACAGAGCCUCCAGAAGAUCAAGUUGAGGCACAACAAGAUGAUCAACGUCAACGAGAAUCAUCAGCUGAGCGGCCUACAUCCAACUCUCCUUCCCACCGAGCCUCGCUUACUUCAACAGCAACUUCUUCAUCUACCGAUGGUGGAGACCACAACUCUGCGGGUGGAACAUCGUCCAGGCUCAGUGGCGACACUCGGCUGCAGCGCUUGCAGCGGCAACAAGAUCGGCAGAAUGGAAUCAUGCAUCAAGUGCAGCAGCGGCGAAGGGAGCAGCAACUUCGAUUGUUAUGACGCGUGUAGGGAAUGCAUCUCCUUCUCCAAAGUCAUCCGGACCUCAGAGAAGAUAAGAAAGGGACCCAGAUGCUCUGUGGGAUGCAUUCCCGAGGAUACCUCUAAUAUUGGCCAGAGGAGAGUCACGAUCGAUGUCGCAUAGUGCCGCUUUCGAUAGUAGAGAUCCCGCAGCUCGCUCCAUGCUCACUAGACGUGCAAGUUAUGGCCGUGGGAGCAAUCAGGGAGCAGCUGGAAUAACGGGUAGCGUGUAUAAAAGUCAAAAUUCGGCUGUAGGAGUGGGAGGUGCUGGUCCAGCCGUAGCUUCAUCAAUAGCUGGAGGAGCAAAUCCUGGACCCAAGUCCUCCGUAACAACAACCGCAAUUGGAGGGACAGUGGAUCCCCCAUCGAGUGCACAACAGCACCACCAUCCUCCAGCAUGGUACUCGAAUUUAUCACUCGCGCGUUAUGAGGCAAUGUUCGAGCGAAUUGCGCAAACAUUGAUGCGGAACCAGACUGAGGAUCUGGAGGAGCAGGUGAUCGACGAGAAUCUAAAGUCCGACGAUGAGGUCCAUGACCAUGACGAUGACGAAGACGACGAUGUUAUGAUAUUAAUAUAAUAUUUUGCUUUAUUCAUAAUUCUGCUCAAGUUCAGUCGCAGUAAAUAGUGUUGAGACUAGAUUACAUAGAGGAUACAAAAACAAAAUAAAAGCGUACCACUUGUUACAACUAGUAGAUCAUGUCUGUACUGCAAUUUUUAUCUUGAACAUUGUCUAAAUUCUGCACUGGGAGUUCCGAGGAUGA